GAGGCCAAGCAACCGCUGUGUUGCUAGACAACAAUCGAAAUUCCCCGAAACAAACGGGGCUCGCCUUAGCUUUAUCAAUACUUUGCCUCGACCUCGGCAGAGCAGUCUGACCCCCAGGAGCAACCAUGUCUGGGUACCGGAAUCCCUCCAUUACCGCCCGGCAGCGGCAGUCGCGAUGCGCUCGGAUGACCCGGCACUCGAUUUUCACCAUGAAGCGACCCAUAGCCUUCCAGGUGCGCAAGUCCCUGGUGGAGUAUGUGGACAUGGAGCUGGCAGAGAUGGACACAUCGGUGUUCUACCAGCGCAUCUUCAUCCUGGCUAAGAACGCCCAUUUGACGCCCGAGGAAACCGAGCCAGAGUCGGAACCGGAACCAGCUCAGGUUGACCAGUCGGAGGCAGUUCCACUAACUCAACCAACGCUCGAGUUCAAGGAGGAUAUGAUCAUACCCAUGGACGAUGUUUCGCUCAGCACGGAGGAGGCAGAGGAGGAGGCAAGUCUGGAACUUCCGUCGGAGGUGAAUAGAACCUCUGGCGACCAGGAUCACGAGGUGCUUACCCACACGUUUCGCUUCAGCGGUCAAGAAACUGCCGAGGAGGAGUUCGUAAGCGAGGAGGAGCAACAGUCGACCCGUGUAACGGGAACCGGCAAGCCCAAGGAUUUCUGUGACAUCUUUAUUGAGGUUUUGGAGCAGCUGCAUAAGCAGUGCAAGGAGGUGGCCAUCACCCCGGAUCCCAUUUGUGGCCUGUACCUGUACAUGGGCGAGUACAGUCUUCUGAUGCUGGAGGGCUCGGAGGACAUGGUGGGUUGUUUCACCCAGGCCUUGGCCAAGUGCUGCAACACCUACUGGCAGACGAACCGUGUCUUCCAGAUCGAGGAUCACAUCACGGAACUGUACACCAAGGAGUUGAUCUUUCGCCGCUUGCCGGCCGUCUAUCUUAACGAGAAGUUCCCCACCUCGACGCCCACAGACGAGUACCUGAUGGGCAAGCAGCAUCUGAUCAUCAAGGACAAGCUUCACACGAUUUGCCGGAUGAUAUGGGAGGGGGAACAGCGGGAGACUCUGGAGACGCGCGGGGGUUCUGUCUACGACAGUUUGGAAGACGAGGAGGAUCAGACCUUGGCGAAAUCAAAGUCACAUUUGUUGUCAAUCGACCAGAUGCCGAUGGAUAUAUACCGUAAGCAUCUACCAGAGAUCCAGCGCAUCGAUCUUGUGCUGGCUUCGACGAGAUUCUACUAUGAGCUGGAUGGCUUUUCCAAGCUCUUUGGUCAGGUACCCUUUGCCCGGGAUGAGGAGGGGCACUUCUGGCCCAUUCCCAACAACUAUACACCGCCGAAUAUCUUCCGUCGCACGCCGUACGACAUCAAUCUCACCUUCGCGGACUAUGCGUUGGCUGCCAGCAAGAAAAGGUCAAUGAGCUUGGGUUCGGAAAAUUCUGGAGGUGAAGAAGCCGCCGAGGAGGGAGCGGCCAAGGAGGAGGGAGCUGAUAAGGAGGAGGAAGCAGCCAAGGAGGAGACGCCUCCAAAAGCCGAAUGAGUUUGUAUCUUUAUUUGGUUUAUAAAGUAUGACUUGAAAGCAUA